AUGGCUUCUAAAUGUCUCAAGGCCAGUUUCUCGUCGAGGUCCCUUAAGGGCCUGGGAGGGCCUGGAGGGGGCUCGCACCGCGUGUCCACGGUGUACUCCAGCAGCUCCUGCCGGCUCCCCAGCCUCUCCCGCGGGCCCCAGGGUUUCUCCGCAUGCUCCGCAGGGCUGGGCAGAAGCAGUUACAGGGUGGCCAGCUGCCUCCCUACGGUCUGUCUCCCCGCAGGAGGUGUUGCCACCAGCUGCAGUGUGGGUGGGGGCUGGUUCGGGGAGGGUAUCCUCAAUGGCAACGAGAAGGAGACCAUGAAGUUCCUGAAUGACCGCCUGGCUAAUUACUUGGAGAAGGUGCGCCAGCUGGAGCAGGAGAAUGCCAGCCUGGAGUGUCGCAUCCGGGAGUGGUGUGAGCAGCAGGUGCCCUACAUGUGCCCGGACUACCAGUCCUACUUCCGGACCAUCGAGGAGCUCCAAAAGAAGAACCUGUGUACCAAGGCUGAGAAUGCCAGGCUGGUGGUAGAGAUUGAUAAUGCCAAGUUAGCCGCAGAUGACUUCAGGACCAAGUAUGAGACAGAGCUGUCCAUGCGGCAGCUGGUGGAGGCCGACAUCAACGGCCUGCGCAGGAUCCUGGACGACCUGACCCUGUGCAAGUCCGACCUGGAGGCCCAGGUGGAGUCUCUGAAGGAGGAGCUGCUGUGUCUCAAGAAGAACCACGAGGAGGAAGUGAACUCACUGCGCUGCCAACUUGGUGAUCGGCUCAAUGUUGAGGUGGACGCUGCCCCACCUGUUGACCUGAACCGUGUCCUGAAUGAGAUGAGGUGCCAGUAUGAGACCCUGGUGGAGAAUAACCGCCGAGAUGCUGAAGACUGGUUCAACACGCAGACCGAGGAGCUGAACCAGCAGGUGGUGUCCAGCUCGGAGCAGCUGCAGUCCUGCCAGGCGGAGAUCAUUGAGCUGAGGCGCACGGUCAACUCUCUGGAGAUCGAGCUGCAGGCCCAGCACAGCCUGAGAGAUGCGUUAGAAUCCACCCUGGCUGAGACGGAGGCGCGCUACAGCUCCCAGCUGGCCCAGAUGCAAUGUCUCAUCAGCAACGUGGAGUCCCAGCUGGCGGAGAUCCGGGCUGAUCUGGAGCGGCAGAACCAGGAGUACCAGGUGCUGCUGGACGUGAGGGCCCGGCUGGAGUGUGAGAUCAACACGUACCGGGGGCUGCUGGAGAGCGAGGACAGCAAGCUCCCCUGUAACCCGUGUGCCUCCGACUACUCACCCUCCAAGUCGUGCCUCCCCUGUCUUCCAACUGCCUCCUGCAGCCCUGCCACGCCCCGAAUGAACUGCAGCCCACGUCCCAUUUGUGUGCCUUGCCCAGGGGGCAGGUUCUGA